AUGGGAGCCGGACCUCGAUACCCUUACCCCAAGGAGGUGUGGUCGCCAGCAGGAGGCUGGUGGACUCGUCCCAACAACUGGGUCUCGAAUACCGCUGUUUGCGCUGUCGGCAUCGCACUCGCUACAUACGGCGUCUGGACAUACAGCGCUGACCGAGAGUGGAGGCACAACGCGCCCACCAAGCCCAUCCCUUCGAUGAACUGGGCAAGACAGUUCAAGGAAGGCGAGCUUUCGGUCAAGGAGCCUUGA